UUUCUUAAGGGAUUAAAAUAUAUAAAGAAGUAAAUACACGAAAAAGCCCAGGGAGUAACAUCUAUUACAUAUAUGUAAAACAAAAAAUUAACCUUAUACAUACAGUAUAAUUUUUCGCCGAAGAAGGUUCUGAUGAACCCCUCAACCCUACCCUAAAAGAAUUCCAAGUUGAGAGAGUUGGAGUUUCAAAACUAUACUGAAGGUUGCAUUUCAUCUGUGAAGACAGAUAUGAGUUACAUAAAUUCUUCCAUGGGCUCUGGAAGUAGAACGGCUAGGAGGCUGGAGUUCGGAAGGACAUAUGUAGUGAGGCCUAAAGGAAAACACCAGGCUACAAUGGUUUGGCUGCAUGGCCUCGGUGAUAAUGGUUCUAGUUCUUCUCAACAGUUGGAAAGCCUAGCCCUUCCUAAUAUCAAAUGGAUAUGUCCAACGGCCCCAACUCGCCCCGUGGCUAUACUUGGUGGAUUUCCUUGCACUGCAUGGUUUGACGGGGGAGAACUUUCUGAUGAUACUACUAAUGAUCUUGAAGGCUUAGAGGCAUCCGUUGCACACAUUGCAAACUUAUUGUCAACUGAACCUGCUGAUGUUAAACUUGGUAUUGGAGGCUUCAGCAUGGGUGCGGCCACUGCCCUCUACUCAGCGACUUGUUUUGCGCAAGGAAAAUAUGGAAACGGAAACCCUUACCCUGUCAACUUGAGGGCUGUCAUAGGCCUCAGUGGGUGGCUUCCAGGUGCUAGGAAUGUGAGGAACGAGAUUGAAGGAUCACAUGAGGCUGCAAGAUGUGCUGCAUCUUUACCCAUUCUACUGUGUCAUGGAAAAUGUGAUGAAGUUGUUCCUUAUCGAUAUGGAGAGAGGGCUUCCUAUGUCUUGAGCUCAGUUGGAUUCCGGAAUCUUCAAUUCAAAGCCUAUGAUGGGAUUGGUCAUUACACAGUGCCAAGGGAAAUGGAUGAGGUUUGUAAUUGGUUAACUACAAGGCUCGGUCUUGAAAGUCCUCGACGAUAAACUCCAUUACAACUAUUUCAUAUUCAACAUAACUGAUGAAAAAAGAAAAGAGGCUUUGUCAUUAUACAAUGCCAAGAAAAAUGGGGAAGCAGUAACAAGGAGGAGUAUACAGAGUUCUCAUGUAGUUAGUACUAUAUAUGCUUUAUGGUGAAUGCUAGGACUUAGUCUUCCAAUUUUGCCUUAAAAUUUUCUGCAUAAUAAAAUUUUGGAUGUGUGUUAUUUUCAUUCACUUGUAGACACAAAUAAUUUGACAUUUUGUUCUCUUCAAUAACAGUUUUGACUUCCAAAA